GGAGGAGGUGGAGGAGAAGGAAGAGAAAGAGCUGUCGCUACCGUUUUGACUUUCGUUAUCAAUGUCUGUUCAAACGUCUUGGAUUAGCUUAUAUUGAUUGUUGUAAUCAAGUCUUAUACUCUAUUUGUUCCAGGCUCUAAAAUGUUCUUUCUUUAAAUUCCGCGUUUAAUCAUUCUGUACCGUCUUACAUUUGCUUAAAAGAAGUGCUUUUAUUAAUUUGUCGGCAGCCUAUUCUCGGGGAUCAUUACAACAAGGACUUCAGACGGCGCAUGGAGACGAGGCAGUCACGAAGAGAUUACGUGGGCAAUGUGGACCGGAAGUUAACAAAUGGUGGAGGAUUGGGAAACACUUGCUCUCCUUUCCAAGCCCUCCAUAUGCCUGACACUAAAGAGUACGAGCUUCCUAAGAACAUGCCGGUGACUCCACGUAUGAUGCACAAGGCGGGUCGAUCAUCAAGUGAGCCAGUCUGGGUGACAGUCCGACAGGGAGCUCUGCCGCCAUUACCCGCAGUCAAAAGAUCGGACAGCUUCCUCACCAUGGCCGAGUCCGCUUCAAGAAACGCCUCACAGUUGUCGUUUAUGGUGGAGUAGAUCACGCUUUUGGUGAAAGAUUAGAGCGACUGUCUUUUGGUUCGUUAUGAUUGAUAUCUUCAUGGCAAUCAGAGCGGGUAAACAACAUCUGUGUCUUUGCGAUGUCUCGCCUGCACAAAUACUUUCUCUUGUUGCUAACUUACUUCUAUCUCCGAGACUGUGCGAGAUAUUUCAGAAUUUAGCACAACGAAGCUUACUGAUUCGAGUCGGUUGUGAAAAAUCG